CACACGCGCGCCCAGGCGCACACGGAGCGCUCUCCGGAGCUGAAGUCUGGCGCUGGCUGCUGCUGCCGUCGCCUUCCCCAGCAAGGCAGGGAUCUACUCUGGGCUCGGCGUCCAGCGGGGACCCUCCGGCGGAUUGGAUCGGGUCCGUUUGCCCCCCGGCUGCUGGGUUGACCCCCCCUCCCCUGGAGCUCCCCCUUGCCCCUCCACGUCUCCAGCUGUUGGGAAAUUACUUCGCUUUUUGGGGGGGAGAGACCGUGGGCUUCGUUUCUCUCUCGCCUUUCUAUCCAUCUCUGGCUUGGCUGGCGGCGGGGCGAGGCAGGAGACCUGGAGGUUCCGCCGCCUCCCUCGGCCCCCUUCCUCCGGCUCCGUGGCUCCCCACCCAAAAAAACCCGGGCUGAUGCGCUGCGCGAAAGGCUGGACAUGGAAGUGUUGAGGCUUUGCUUCCUCCCGUGGAUAUUUCAGUGCGUUUCGGUGCGAGCGGACUCCAUCAUCCACAUCGGGGCCAUCUUCGAAGGCAACUCGGCCAAGGACGACGAGAUCUUCAAGCAGGCGGUGGCCGACCUGAGCCUCAACGAUGACAUUUUGCAGAGCGAGAAGAUCACCUACACCAUCAAGCUCAUAGAGGCCAACAACCCUUUCCACGCCGUGCAGGAAGCCUGUGACUUGAUGACCCUGGGGAUAUUAGCCUUAGUGACCUCCACUGGAUGUGCCUCCGCCAACGCCCUGCAGUCCUUGACAGAUGCCAUGCACAUCCCUCACCUCUUUGUCCAGCGCAACACGGGAGGAUCUCCACGGACAGCUUGCCAUCUCAACCCUAGCCUGGAGGAAGAGGAAUACACGCUAGCGGCCAGACCGCCGGUUCGCCUCAACGAUGUGAUGCUGAAGCUGGUCACCGAACUGCGAUGGCAGAAAUUCAUCGUCUUCUAUGACAGCGAUUACGUCUGGGGGGUCUACGGAAGAUGGUCAUUUGGUUUCUGCCAGAGCUUUGAGACGGUGCUUUUGGGGUUCUUUGUGUUGCCACUGAGGGAGAUGUUUCAAGUGGGCCCACUGUCUCCGCUUUUCUUUGCACAAAAGGUUUGCUGCGAGAACUAA